AUGGUCCAAGCUUUCCCCAUCUAUCUGCCUCGGCAGCGGGAGCUGAUCGCGACUUGGGUAAUCCUGCCCAUGCUGUCGAAUAUCACGGUCGGGCUUCGGUUUUACGCAAAGGCCAAGACCAGAGGCGUGUAUGGCUGGACUGACUGGAUGAUCAUAGCAUCUGCUUUCUUCACCACUCUCCUUUUUGUCUUGCUUCUGCUGAUGCUUAUGUACGGAGGCAUUGGAAUUCCCGGAUACCCAUACACCAGUACUACAGAGCCAACCGACGUCUCGUUAAUUCAUGAUCAGAUUGGCUAUGCCAACAACAUCGUCCUCGUAUUCGCAGUAUACUCCUGUAAAGCCUCGAUCUUAUUCCUAUAUCAUCGCCUUUUCACAGGCCACAAUGGCCCGAUGAACAUAAUCAUAUACGUUGCGUCGGGCAUAACCUUUGCGUGCUUCAUGGGAAGCUUCAUCGGUUAUCUCGCCGCUGUACGGCCGAUUGAGAAGUGGUGGGCUUGGGGCGAUGCGACGGCUGAGCAGUUCCUCGCCAUGCAGAAUAUCAACAUCGCCUAUGACAGUCUGACAGUUUUCACUGACUUCUUGAUCUUUGUACUCCCACUCAAGUCAAUCUGGGGGCUGAAUAUGAACCGCGGAAAAAAGAUCGGUAUCAUUAUCUCCUUUUGCUUUGGGUUUAUCACCUGUUUCAUUGCUCUUGCUCGUGUUGUCUUCACACAUGGCUACCAAUGGAAGAAUCUCUACGAUGAGGGAACUUUGUGGUCCCUUGCAGGCGUCGAGCCAGUGGCAGGAAUUAUCUGCGCAUGUCUCCCUGGCCUGCGUCCGCUGAUGCCCAAGACGUUCAAGAUGACGUCUUAUGGUACUCCGGCAAAUCCCAGCAGAUUCAGGACUACUGGCACUACCACGACGGAUAAUGCGAAGAGGAGCACUAAUAGGGAACCCAACCCAUUCAGGGUCCUGAAUGAUGACAGCUCGGUGACAGAGUUUGGACGAACCGUCAGGGAGGUCCCUUCGAGAUCCGAGAUAAGUGAUGAGUAUAUUGAGCUUGAAGAGCAACGGCCCAAGGCAUUUGAUAGAUAG